AUGAAAAUCAAGCCAAUCGAAAAUACCAUCACCGCACAGAGAAAGAGCUUACACCGAAGACGCAUCUAUCAAGGAAAAACCUUACAGCCACGAACCCUAAGGCAAAUUGAAACGACCGAACAUCAAUCAAUGAUUGAACAUCAAUCGAUUGCAGUGAGCCCUGUCAUACCCGGCAUUGAGCCUCUGAUCAACGCUGCAGGUGAGGAGGUGGAAGCGGCCGUGGAUGACAUGGUCGAUGUUAGCGGCGGGGAUGUCGGCCUCGACGGGGACCAAGAACGAGGUGGUGGGGCGGUCAGUAGCUCUGGCCACAUGGGGAGGGCGCAACGGAGGUCGUGGACGGUGACGCCGAGUGAGAUCUGGUCCGCCGCUGAUUAG